UGUGCACUGUUGCAUUAAGCAAAUGAGCUGAGUUGGGAGCGGUGAUGUGAGUUCAGUUUGGUUUCUGGCUCCUGCAGUGUGACGAUGGCAGCCAUGGAGGAGGCUCCGUUCUCUCUGCUCAGCCUGGAGGAAGAGCUGACCUGCAGCAUCUGUCUGAGCCCCUUCUACACUCCGGUCACCAUCCCCUGCGGACACAACUUCUGCCAGGACUGCCUGCUGGCCACCUGGAAGGACUCCUACAGCUGCCCUCAGUGCCGGACCGUGUUCGCCACCAAGCCGGAGCUGAAGAAGAACACGGUCCUCAGCACCGUGGUGGAGACCUUCAGGAGCCGAACCGGAGACCCGACGAAAGAGCCGAGCGUGGCCGAGCCCAAGGAGCCCAAGAUCCGCUGCGACACGUGCAUGGAGGCGGAGGCGGCGCAGACCUGCCUCACCUGCAUGGCCUCCUUCUGCGAGGAGCACCUGCGGCCUCACCGGGAGAACCCCACCUUCCGAGUCCACCAGCUGAGCGAGCCUGUGGGCGACCUGUCGGAGCGCAUCUGCCCCGACCACCACAAGCUGAUGGAGCUGUUCUGCAGCCAGCACGGCCGUCCCAUCUGCAGCCUGUGUCUGCAGCAGGCCCACCGAGGAUGUUCCUUCAGCAGCCCGGAGGAGCAGCGCAGCCUCCUGGAGUCCAGCUUCAGAGACAAGUUGGUUUUGCUGAGCGCAAAGAUGGAGAAGACAGAAGCAGCCCUGGUUCAGCUGGACGAGGCUCAGAGCAAGCUCACGGACGCAGCAGCCAAAAGAAAGGCAGCGCUGUCAGCUGUGUAUCAGCAGAUCCAGGAGCUGCUGGCUCAGGACGAACGCGACGCCCAACACGAGGUCGACCGCGAGCUGGAGGCCGGACGGACGAAGCUUCAGGGCCUGACCAAGAGGCUGACGGAGAACGGCGAGCAGAUGAGGAAAGCCAGAGAAGACAUCAACAGUCUGCUGAGCGGAUCCCAAACCCCGGCUUUCCUGCAGGCUUCAUUCAACUUACCCAAAGUCACAAAGUUUGAGCCUCACGUACCUCGAGUCAACCUGGACUCCAGGAAGGUGACGGCAGCUCAGGCGUUCGCUGCUGCGCUGAAGGAACAUCUGAUGGAGGUCCUUCAGCGGCCUGUGGAGGCCAGACUGCCUUUACUUAAACCAGAACCGAACCCUGGAAAUGCUGCAUCUGGUGGACCUACGAGUGGCGGAUUCACUGGACCCCCGCCUGAUUCUGAGUUUUCCAGGCAGAGACACCGGACCAGAUCCCAGAGUCCAGGUCGCCCCCCCAUCCGGCCGUUCCUCCAGCCCGUCUCCAAGCCUGGCUUUUCCCACAUGGGCCAUCCGUCGUGGUGGAGUCCGCCCCAGUUUGCUCAGUUCCAGCCUCCAGCCGCCCCGUUUACGUCGGCACACGCGACAAGACAAGACAAAAGGCCGCCCAGCGCUCCAGGAGGAAACAAGCCACCAGCGAGAGACAAACCCAGAAACCAUCCUCCUCCAGCACAACAUCUGCAAUGACGCGUAAAAACACAACCGUGAUGGAAAAACAAUCAAAACGCAGCCGUAAAACAAAUAAAAGCACCACAAAAAGAUGUCCAAUAGUCACAAAGAGAGGCAGAGUGAGUACAAAAUGACCAAAAAGAGUCAAAAAUGAACACAAAACCUGGAAAAUUAUA